AUGCGUCGCUGGCCCCCCGUCGCCCUGCGGGCUCUCAACGCCGCAGUCGCCGCGAAGAGGGCCGCCGCCGCAUCGAUCGCCCCAUCGCCAUCGCCAUCGCCGUCGCCGAAACGAACAGCCGGCGGGCCGCGGGAGAUGAAACGCACGAGACUCGACUUCCCCGCGGCGUACACGUCAUUCCGCAGCUCCGCCACCGUUGCGGAGAUCAGAGACCGCUACAAUCAUCUCGCGCCUGGUGAGAAGGAGACAGAGACGAAAGUGCGCGUGGCCGGACGUGUGGCGGGUAUGCGGGAUAUGGGGAAGAUACUCUUUCUCACAAUUCGUUCAGAUGGAUUGGAGUUGCAAAUAGUGAGUCACGUGGGCGAACACUUCACACGUGAAUGUCUAAAAAAGCUAAAGACAUCCUUGCGAGUUGGAGAUAUUAUUGGUGUGGAAGGAAUUCCAUGUCGUACACAGAAGGGAGAACUUUCUGUUACUGCUUCUAGUCUUCUGGUGCUGAGUCCAUACGUCUGUACAGAUCAGGUGGUCUGCCCAAAUCUCCGUGGCUUUACUUUAUUACAGGAUAAUGAUGUGAAGUAUCGUUAUCGUUUUGUUGAUAUGAUGACAAACCGAGAUGUUAUUGAGAGAAUAAAAAAACGUCAUGCAAUUCUCAAGGGAUUACGUGAAUACUUAGAUGAACGAAAUUUUGUAGAGGUGGAGACACCUAUACUUCAUACCGUUGCUUCUGGAGCUAACGCUAAGCCUUUUGUUACUCAUCAUAAUGCAAAUGAAGCGGAUUUGUAUCUUCGAGUUGCACCAGAGUUGCAUUUAAAACAGUGUAUCGUUGGAGGAAUGGAACGUGUUUAUGAAAUUGGAAGAGUAUUCCGAAAUGAGGAUGCUGACCGUAGUCACAACCCUGAGUUUACAAGCUGUGAGUUUUACGCUGCCUACCACACAUAUGAAGAUCUUAUGCCUAUGACAGAGGAAAUUCUACGUCACUUGGCUAUUCGUGCUAAUGGGACAACUGUAGUGAAACUUUACUCUCAACAAAAUAGUCAAGAUGUAGUUGAUAUUGAUUUAAGCAAACCUUUUAGACGUGUAAAUGUUUAUGAUGAAAUACAAUCUUCAGCGGGUGUAGAACUUCCACCACCGAAUGAACUAAACACUCCAAGAGGACUUGCAUAUAUGUCUGCCAUAAUGCUACGACAUGAUAUUCCUUUACCUCCAGUACGAACAGCAGCGAAAAUGUUUGAUAAACUUAUUGAAUUUUUUAUUACAGAUCGAACGGUAGAACCUACGUUCGUGAUGAAUCAUCCAUUAUUUAUGAGUCCUCUGGCAAAGGAACAUGCAUCAAUACCUGGACUUUCAGAACGUUUUGAACUUUUUAUUAAUGGUAUUGAGUAUUGUAAUGCUUACAGUGAACUCAAUGACCCACAAGAACAAUACUAUCGUUUUCAACAACAAUUAAUGGACCGACGAAGCGGUGAUGAUGAAGCUAUGCCAUUAGAUGAGACUUUUUUAAAAUCUUUGCAGGUAGGUCUUCCUCCAACUGCUGGAUGGGGUAUGGGAAUUGAUCGCGUUGUAAUGCUGCUUACAAAUACCAAUACUAUUCGUGAUGGCAUUAUAUUUCCACUUCUUCGCCAAGAUAUUCGUUCGCAUGAUUUAAAGCGUCGUAAUAAAACGGCUGGAUUUUUCGGUUUUAAUCAACAAAUGACACUUUUCUGUCUAAGUGGAAUGGAACAGGAGAUGCAACGUUGUGGUCUUCCCAAAGAGUCAUGUGCACAAAUUCGUGAACUGCGAAAGACUAUAUUGGAACUAGGGCAAAGGGCCGAUGAAAAUAAUUAUUCAAUCUCACGACACCGUUGGGAUGCGUGGCGAAUAGGAUUGACACUAGGGAUCAUUCGUUUCAUUUGUGGCAUGCCAAGGUCGUGA